ACUUUCUCCCGGGGCGGAUUGAAGGCCGAGUAACUGUCUCCUGCCCUCCCUCCCUCCUGUCCUCUCUCCGCCCUGAGGCCCGCCCCCCUGCACAAGCUGACCCAGGGACACACCCUAUUGCAGCGACGCAGACAGGGCGUUGUUCCCGUUAAAGGGGAACGCCGGGAGCCUCCCUCUGGCCCCUCGCUUCGCGCGCGCAGCCUGGCACCGCAGCUGUCUUCGCGGACGCCAGCAGCCGAGCAAACGCACCGAGCUUGUUCCGGAGGCCACACUGAGGAUCGGGGACAACCAUUCCUUUGGGCUGCAGGAACUCCGCCGAGCACAACUCGCCGCCAGAAUGCUCCUCCUGUUGCUGGGUAUCAUCGUCCUCCACGUCGCAGUGCUGGUGCUGCUGUUCGUCUCCACGAUUGUCAGCCAAUGGAUCGUGGGCAAUGGACACAGCACUGACCUCUGGCAAAACUGUAGCGUUUUGUCUUCGAGCAACGUCCUCCACUGUUACUCGUCAUCCACGAACGAAUGGCUGCAGUCUGUCCAGGCCACCAUGAUCCUGUCCGUCAUCUUCAGUGUUCUGUCCCUGUUCCUGUUCUUCUGCCAGCUCUUCACCCUCACCAAAGGGGGCCGGUUUUACAUCACUGGAAUCUUCCAAGUCCUUGCCGGUUUAUGUGUGAUGAGUGCAGCAUCGAUCUACACGGUGAGGCACCCGGAAUGGCAUUUCGUCACUGAAUACUCCUAUGGCUUUGCCUACAUCCUGGCCUGGGUGUCCUUCCCCCUGGCCCUUCUCAGCGGCGUCGUAUAUGUGAUCUUGCGGAAACGCGAAUGAGGCGCCCAGACAGCUGGUCUGAGGCACCGAGCAUACCUAGGGGAAGGGAGGAAGGAAACCAGAAACCAGGAAAAAAAGAAAAAAAAAAAAAA